AUGCAGACUACAACUUUUCUACUGUUGUUUCAUAGCGAAAGUGAUUCUUUCAAGAAUCCUUCAGUCCAAAAGAUGAGUGGAGCAGCUUUGGGUAUUGAAAUUGUGGUAGUGUUUUUUCUGGCUUUGUUCCUGCUACAUCGGUAUGGGGACUUCCGGAAGCAACAGCGUAUGGUAUUAUUUGGCACACUUCUUGCCUGGUAUCUGUGUUUUCUAAUUGUCUUCAUUUUACCAUUGGAUGUCAGCACGACAAUCUACAAACAAUGUGUUAUUGAUCAUGAGAUUGCCUCAGAUCCAACGGUUCGUCAAUUUCCGCUUACCAAUACAACAAGAAAUUCAUCCGUCACAUCAACUACAAGCCCGCGAAAACCAUGCUAUAAACCAUGGAGUUAUAUUCCCGAUGGAAUUAUGCCUGUGUUUUGGAGAGUGGUGUAUUGGACAUCACAGUGUCUGACAUGGUUGCUCUUGCCAUUCAUGCAGUCAUAUGCUCGAUCUGGAGGCUUUUCAAUUACUGGAAAAAUUAAAACUGCCCUUAUUGAAAACGCAAUCUAUUAUGGGACCUAUUUGCUUAUAUUUGGCUCACUGCUUAUAUAUGUUGCUGUUCACCCACAUUGGCAUCUUUCCUGGUAUGAGUUGCAGACCAUUGGUAUCACGGCUGCCAACACUUGGGGCUUGUUUCUUCUGGUGUUGUUGCUUGGAUAUGGAUUGGUAGAAAUUCCACGUUCUUACUGGAAUGCAUCUAGACAUGGACACAUGCUCAUCAAAACAUAUUUUAAGGCAUCCAAACUAAUGACGGAAAAAGCUGAUGCAGAGGAAAAUCUUGAGGAUGUUAUGGAGGAGGUGAGAAAAGUGAGCGAAUCAAUUAAGUACAAUCAUCCACUGAGAAAAAGUGUUGACACAAUUCUAAGAAAAUGCCCUGUCGACUAUCAGGAGAAAAUGGGGAGAAACAACGAUGACUAUGAAGAUUUUGAUGACAAACAAAACACAUACCCCAGCGAGAAGAGUCUUGUAAAACUUCAUAAACAGGUGAUAUAUGCGGUGCAAAGACACAACAGGACACGUGUACAGUGGGAAAUCCUUUUGCAGCAAGCCAUCCAUUGGGAAGACGUUGCCAAGAAUGAAACUAGUUCUACACACCAGUUUGUUCACAGUUUUCCCUCCGCAGAGCCAACUGGAUGGUUUAGCCGUUAUAUUUACACACCAACAGUUGAAUGGUACUGGGAGUGUUUUCUGAAGCAGUGGUUUUAUAAGCUGCUGUCAGUCAUCUUGACUAUGUUCAGUGUGGCUGUGGUUUGGUCCGAGUGCACUUUCUUCAGCACCCGGCCUGUCCUUUCACUCUUUGCUGUGUUUAUCCAGCUGGCCGAAAAAGACUAUAAUUACUUGUACAUUGAGAUGGCGUGUUUCCUCACAAUUUUCUUCCUCUGCAUCUGCGUUUACUCGACUGUGUUUCGUAUUCGAGUUUUUAAUUACUAUUACCUGGCUCCACAUCAUCAGACAGACGCCUACAGCCUUCAGUUUAGUGGGAUGUUGUUUUGCCGUUUAACACCUCCCCUGUGCCUCAAUUUUCUUGGAUUAAUUCACAUGGAUUCUGCAAUCUCACAUCAGCAGAAAGAACAGACUGCAUACACCACAAUUAUGGGAUCCAUGCGAGUUCUAUCGUUUAUUGCUAAUGGAUUCUAUAUCUAUUAUCCCAUGUUGAUUUUGAUUCUCUGCAUUGCUACGUACUUCAGUCUGGGAACGCGCUGUCUGAAUCUUCUCGGCUUUCAGCAGUUCAUGGGCGACUGUGAAAUGACGUCUGACUUGAUUGACGAGGGUAAAGAGCUAAUUAGGAGAGAGAAAAGAAAGCGACAAAGAAUUGAAGAUGGCGAGAACAGGCGAAGAGAAUGGAAAGAGCGCUAUGGAAAUCCAAGACAAGAGAUCACAGCAAGAAACAGAGGCAGCCACGAAAUGAAGGAAACCAACUAUUCAGAUGCUGUGAACCCAAGCACAAACAGGCAGGCAAAGUAUUCACGAAGCACUAAUCGGCCAGAGAAGGACUGCGUCGAACUGCUUCAGGAUGCAGAGCCUUUAGAUUUUAACGCAGAUUCUUUAACAGAAGACACCAUGGAUACUGACACUGGAAGGCACAUUGGGGGCAGGUAUCUGUCCAUGUCGUCCUCCCGUAACAGGAUCUUUGAUGAUGUCUGA